GUUGCGAUCACCUGUGAAGAAAGAAAUAUCAGAAACGAGACAAACUUAAUGUUUUGCACUAAGCACUAAUCGUUUUCAGUCUCAGGCUCUUAUACAAAAUCAUUUAUUUUGUUUUGUUUCGUCUCCCUUCUCCCUUCUAUACACACGCGCCACACUCGCCUAGCAUGUCUCAGAACUUGAACCGUGCACCGUCUCAUCUCCCCGUGGCAUUUGCCUCGUGCUCCAUCGGGUUACCUCGGCAUACGCUGCACCAGAAGGUCGAGGCCAUCCGGGAAGCGGGCUUCGACGGCAUCGAGCUGUCGUUUCCUGACCUGCAGGCCUACGCCAGCCGGCAUUUCGGGCGCGACAUCGCCGCGGACGACUACGGCUCGCUGUGCGAGGCCGCGAAGGCCGUGGGCAGGAUGGUUGCCGGGCACGGGCUAAAGAUCCUCGUGCUGCAGCCGUUUGCCAACUUCGAGGGAUGGCCGCGGGGCAGCGCGCAGCGGCGGGAGGCGUUCGCGCGGGCCGAGGCAUGGAUCGACAUCAUGGAGGCCGCGGGCACCGACAUGCUGCAGGUCGGCUCCUCUGACUCACCGGACAUGUCGCGCGACGUGGACCAGCUGGCGGCCGACCUCGCGUGCCUGGCCGACAUGCUGGCCGCGCGCGGCUUCCGGCUUGCCUAUGAGAACUGGUGCUGGGCCACACGUGCGCCCAGGUGGAGGGAUGUCUGGGACAUCGUCCAGAAGGCCGACCGGCCCAAUCUCGGCCUGUGUCUCGACACCUUCCAGACCGCGGGGUCCGAGUGGGCGGACCCGACGACGAAGUCGGGAAGGAUCGAGGCAGCCGGCGGCAUCACCACGGUGGAAGAGGAGCUGUGCGAGGCCUACGCCGCCAGUCUCGAGGGGCUGGCCACAACCGUGCCGGCGGACAAGAUCUUCUUCCUCCAGAUCAGCGACGCAUACCGCCCGGAUCCGCCAUUGGGAGAAGAAGCAGACCCGGAGUCUGGUCUCAGGCCGCGGGGGCGAUGGAGUCACGACCAGCGACCUCUCCCGUACGACGGCGGCUAUCUACCAGCACCGAUCAAGCAAUUUGUCCGAGCCGUGCUGGCGACCGGUUUCAAGGGAUGGUGCAGCAUCGAAGUGUUUGAUGGCAGGUUCGAGGAGAAGUAUGGGGACGACUUGAGGAAGUUCGCAAGACGGGGGAUGCAGGCGUACCAGAGGUUGUUAUCCGAAGCCACGGCCGAGGGGGAAUGAGUAGGUAGGAUGGAUGGAAAAUUACUAGUAGUCCUAGUACUGGUUGUUGGAACUCGGCUCACCUCACGCGGUUUAAACUGUCACUCCUACAUUCCUCUCCAUUCCCCGUUUGAU